ACACAAUAUUAUUUUCUGGAUGUUCGUAUUAGAUAAAGAUAUGGCGUAUAAGAAAAACAAUAUGCGACUUUUGAAGAUAUUAUAUCUUUUAUUACUUUUGAGUGCUGACAACUUCGUAGUGACAACAAAAGUUUCCAAUUACCGUAUCGGCAAGGAGAUGUCGGUCAUAAAUAGUAAAAUUAAACCAACGAGUUCUAUACGUGUUGUGGAGCCGAGCUUUACUGGUCCCAUUGAGAACGUCACAGGCGCCCUCGGCAAGGAAGCGGUAUUGACGUGCCCUAUUGCAGACCUUGGAGAUUAUAUGGUUGCAUGGAUCACAGCAGACGACCAGACCGUGCUCUCCUUGCAAACGAAACUUGUCAGACACAGCCCUCGGUACUCUAUAACUAAUGAUCCCCCGGGAGCGUGGCAGCUGCACAUACGACAACUAAGAAUCGCGGAUCGGGGAUGCUAUAUGUGUCAAAUAAAUACAGCGAAAAUGAAAAAACAAAUAGGAUGUAUCGAUGUAUUGGAACCUCCAAACAUUUUGGAUGAAGGUACGAGUAGUGACGUCACAGUACAGGAAAAUACAGACGUAGUAGUAAUAUGUAAAGCAAGCGGCCAUCCUGAACCUAGGAUACUGUGGAGAAGAGAGGACGGCAGUAAUAUUCUACUGAGGAACGAAUCCGGUGUCCUGAGUAAGGUUGACACAUACGUGGGCCCUGUGUUAAAUAUCACCAGGGUCGAUCGCAAACAGAUGGGGGCGUACCUCUGCAUUGCUUCCAAUGAUGUUCCGCCGUCUGUGAGCAAGCGGAUAAUGGUGGCUGUUAAUUUUGCUCCAACAAUAAAAGUAAAGUCAAAAGUUGUAAGAGUAACAACGAGCUCUAACGCGAAUCUGGAAUGCAUCACCGAGGCAAAUCCCGCUGCUAAUACUUAUUGGCUAAAGAGUGGAGAUGAAAUGAUUUUAUCUGGUGAAAAAUUCGAAAUGUUCGAACAACGUAUCUCGCCAUAUCAAAUGCAGGCGACGUUAUUCAUAAGGGAUUUAACAACAGACGACACAGGAUUGUACACAUGCUAUUCUUCUAACGCGUUUGGUAAAGCUGAGGGCAGUAUCAGGCUUUAUGAAAUAAAAACAACAACAACAUCAACGACUACAACAACAACAACAACAACAACGACGACGACGACGACAACAGAAACGCCGACAACAAAAGAAGUUUCCCCUAAGACUACUGCAGAUUACACGUCUCUAACACAUUUGAUGGCACCAAUACGGCCUGCUCAACAAAAGUAUUAUACGCCAGACGCUAUUUACGGUACAAUGCAGAAUGUCAUCGACCAAUCCGUAUUGGACGCCAGUUUAUUUCCAUCUGCUGAGACGACCUGCUCAAAAGCUGGUAGUGUUUCACCGAACACUAUCUGUCUAUUACACCACAUAUCACCCAUCCUAUCUAAUAUAAAUAAUCUUAUUGUAAUAAUAAUUCUAAGUUUCUCAAAUAGAGUAUUUGGAAUGUUAUACGACGAAAUUAGAUGACUAGCUAUAUAAAUUAAUACAAGCUUGUCGUCAAUUUAGUUAGAACUGUUUCAGAACAUACAACCUAAUGUAAUAAUUCCAUCGUGUUAUAAAUAUUGUAGUCGGUCAAUGGUCAUUUUAGUUUAUUUACUAUACGUGUCAACAUAUCAAUGAAAUACUAAAAUUUCGUAUUCUAAUUAUCUGUGAAUUGGCUGGGAUUAUGUGGAUGUUAUACAAAUAUGAUUUUACGCAUAAUGAAUUAAUUGCUCAUUAGACUGGUUGACGUCACAGGUCGUUUAAAUCAGUAUCGUUUGCCCAAAUAUUUCUCGUUCUCUUAUCAUGCUUUAACGCGGAAAGCCAUCGACAACGUAAGGACUCUGCGUGGCUCAUUGUUUUUGCUUUAUUAACCUGUGUCCAAUGCACUUAAUAUUUUAUUUUAACAAUCUUAUAAGAGAGAUACAGACUUUGUAUUUGUGAUAAAAUUCUAUAGCUUGUUAUUU